ACCGCCCCCUCCAGAGCUGGGUCAUGUCGGGGCCCACUGUGGCCUCAGAGGAGAGAAGGGAGGCAGACUAGACAAGGAGUACAAGCUGACCUUCUGGGCGAGGCUGGCGGGCUGGAGGGGGGGCGGUUGGUGGUCCCCGGGGCCCUGCCCAGGCGGCCCAGUCCACAGCUUCAUUGAGGGCCGGGCCCCCGCCAGCUCCCCAGCCAGCCGACCUUCACUGGUGACUUUGUCUUGUCGGGGCCCCUGCCAAGCCCAGCCGGGCCACCUGGACCGAGCGAGGAAGGCGGGGGCUCCAGGUGCCGGCGGCGCGGGCAGGUCCGGGCUGGCCCCGCCUCCUGUCCCCGGAGCAGGUGUCCGCGACCGGGCGGCGGGGCAUUCCAGCCCCCUCCCCCAGCCGCCAGCCGCCCCUUUCAUCGGCGCCCGGGGUCACGGCCCCUCCCCCCGGAGGUGAAGGGGAGGAGAUGGGGCCCCGGAGCUGGGGAGAGGGGGGAUGGGCUCAGAGCAGGUGGCGGGCCCGGGCCUUCCAGGGUGGCUGCUGGCGUUUCUUCCCGCCCGCCGGAGGCUGCUCGGGGUGUGUGUGUGUGUGUGUGUGUGUGUGUGUGUGACCGUCGGAGGCCAGGGUACCCCCAGCCCGGGUCUCCCCGCGCCGCAGCUCAGGCCCCCAGAGGUGAAACCUGAGCCCAGGUUGGGGGCGGGGCCGGCUCCUGCUGGGACGGGGCGGGUCGCGCCUCCACCUCUGGGGCCCCGCGCCCCGCGGGCGGCUGCAGAGCUAAGUUCCAGCCGCCGCCGCCGGAGCAGGUGAGGCGCCCGCGCCGCUGCCGUCGGGCCGCCCGGGCCGAGCCUCUUCCCGCCCGCAAGUCCUCCGGGCCCGCGAUGGCGCCCCCCGCCCGGGGUCGCGCCCCGCCCUGAGCGCCCCCCGCCGGCCGGUCCGCAUGCUGCCCCGAGGGCGCCCCCGGGCGCUGGGCGCCGCGGCGCUGCUGCUGCUGCUGCUGCUCGUCGGCUUCUUCCGGCUCGGUGGGGACCCCGAAAGCCGGGGCGCAGCGGGAGGCGGGGGCGCCGGGGGCCUGGACCCCGCGCUGACGCCACAUGUCCCCCCAGACGGGCGGCCGCGGGGGACCGCUGGCCUUGACGGAGACCCGCCGGGGGACCACAACCGCUCGGGCUGCCACCCCCCGCGCCCGCGGCCGCCUAAGUGCGAGCUCUUACACGUGGCCAUAGUGUGUGCCGGGCACAACUCCAGCCGGGAUGUCAUCACCCUGGUGAAGUCCCUGCUUUUCUACAGGAGGAAUCCGCUGCACCUCCACUUGGUGACUGACUCUGUGGCCAGGAACAUCCUGGAGACGCUGUUCCAGACGUGGAUGGUGCCCGCUGUCCACAUCAGCUUCUAUGACGCCGAGGAGCUCAAGCCCCAGGUCUCCUGGAUCCCCAACAAGCACUACUCGGGUCUCUAUGGGCUGAUGAAGCUCGCACUGCCUGGCGUCCUGCCCCCUCACCUGGCCCGUGUCAUUGUCCUGGACACAGAUGUCACUUUUGCCUCCGACAUCGCAGAGCUCUGGGCCCUCUUUGCCCACUUUUCUGACAAGCAGGUGAUCGGUCUCGUGGAGAAUCAGAGCGACUGGUACCUGGGCAACCUUUGGAAGAACCACAGGCCCUGGCCUGCCUUGGGCCGGGGAUUUAACACAGGCGUGAUCCUCCUCCAGCUGGACCGGCUGCGCCAGGCUGGCUGGGAGAAGACAUGGAGGCAGAUAGCCACUCGGGAGCUCCGCACGUUGCUCGCCACCUCGCUGGCCGACCAGGAUGUCUUCAACGCGGUCAUCAAGGAGCACCCGGGGCUGGUGUGGCCCCUGCCCUGUGUCUGGAACGUGCAGCUGUCCGACCACUCGCAGGCUGAGCACUGCUACCUGGAGGCUUCCGACCUCAAGGUGAUCCACUGGAACUCACCAAAGAAGCUGCGGGUGAAGAACAAGCACGUGGCAUUCUUCCGCAGCCUCCACCUGACCUUCCUGGAGUACGAUGGAAACCUGCUGCGGAGAGAGCUCUUUGGGUGCUCCAGCCCGCUCCCGCCUCGGGCAGAGCAGCUGCAGUUGGCUCUGGCCCAGCUCGACGAGGAGGACGCCUGCUUCCAGUUCCGGCAGCAGCAGCUCACCGUGCACCGCGUGCACCUGACCUUCCUGCCCCAUGAGCUGCCGGCCCCGCAGCCCCACGACGUCACCCUGGUAGCCCAACUCUCCAUGGACCGGCUGCAGAUGCUGGAAGCCCUGUGCAGACACUGGCCGGGCCCCAUGAGCCUGGCCUUGUACCUGACAGACGCUGAGGCCCAGCAGUUCCUGCGUUUCGUCGCGGCCUCAGCUGUGCUCUCUGCCCGGCGGGAUGUGGCCUACCACGUGGUGUACCGCGACGGUCCCCUCUACCCUGUCAACCAGCUGCGCAAUGUGGCCCUGGCCCAGGCCCUCACACCCUACGUCUUCCUCAGUGACAUUGACUUUCUGCCUGCCUACUCCCUCUACGACUACCUCAGGACCUCCAUUGAGCAGCUUGAGCUAGGCAGCAGGCGGAAGGCAGCGCUGGUGGUGCCAGCGUUCGAGACUCUACAUUACCGCUUUGGCUUCCCCUCCUCCAAGGCUGAGCUGCUGGCCUUGCUGGACUCCGGCUCCCUCCACACCUUCAGGUACCACGAGUGGCCCCGAGGACAUGCACCCACAGACUAUGCCCGCUGGCGGGAGGCCCGGGCCCCGUACCUCGUGCAGUGGGCAGCCGACUAUGAGCCCUACGUGGUGGUGCCGAGAGACUGCCCCCAUUACGACCCCCGCUUUAUGGGCUUUGGCUGGAACAAGGUGGCUCACAUCGUGGAACUGGAUGCACAGCAAUACGAGCUCCUGGUGCUGCCCGAGGCCUUCAUUGUCCACCUGCCGCACACGCCCAGCCUGGACAUCUCCCGCUUCCGCUCCAGCCCCGCCUACCGUGACUGUCUCCAGGCCCUCAAGGACGAGUUCCAUCAGGACUUGUCCCGCCGCUAUGGGGCAGCCGCCCUCAAAUACCUCACCGCUCUGCAGCAGCCCCGGGGCCUUGCCUGACCCCGCCCUUGCCCCUGCUACUUUCAGCUAUUUAAAUUAUUUAAGGACUCUGGGAAGGAGCCUGGAGGCCUCCCGCCUACUGCUCUUCUGUGCCUGGGGUCCAGGCUUCCUCCGCCCCAGCUGGUUUGGGGCUGGGUCCCAACAUCCACUGUGCUGCCCUUUUUCACAAUGAAAAAUUUUAAGUUCUA